UUUCUGAAAUAAUGGUGUGACCCAAGAUUAUGGUCUGACUUUUUCGAGUCUAGUCUUCCUUUCCUCGUCGUCCAAAUCAUUCUUUACGCCGUCUCGACCGGUCUCGAGACUUUAGAGAACAUACCCAGACGACACCGACGGACGCCUCAAAUACGCCCACCUCUCAGUAGAAUAAUGUCGAACUCGGAAACAACAAUGUGGUCCACUCCUUAUGACAUUAUCAUCGUCGGUGCUGGCGUGGCAGGCGCAGCCCUCGCACACGCUCUUUCCACAUCCAAACGACUCAACGAAAAACCUUUCCGAAUUUGCCUGCUUGAACGUUCACUUGCUGAGCCUGACCGUAUCGUUGGCGAGUUGUUACAACCUGGAGGUUAUGGCGCGCUUCAAAAGCUCGGUCUGGAAUCGUGCACGGACGGUAUUGAUGCUGUACCCGUCCGUGGCUACGCUGUCGUUCUCGAUGGUCAACCUGUACACAUUCCUUAUCCAGACGCUCGAGAAGGUCGCAGUUUCCAUCACGGUCGAUUCAUCCAAGCUCUCCGAAGCAAGGCGAAACAAGCACCAGGCGUAGAGGUGAUAGAAGCCACGGUUUCCGAGUUAAUUGAGUGUCCGGUAACAGGACGCAUUUUGGGUGUUCGGGCGACGCGUAAAGCGGAGGGUGCGGUCGAGAAAGAGCCUUUCUUUGCUGACUUGACUAUCGUCGCGGAUGGUUGCUUUUCCAACUUUCGGAGUUCGGUUAUGGGUCAAGCAGCGAUUAAGCCAGCGUUGAAGAGCCAUUUCGUCGGUUUGAUCUUGGAGGAUAUUCAGUUGCCUAUUGACAAACACGGAACGGUCGUACUUGUCAAAGGUCACGGUCCCGUUCUAUUGUAUCAAAUUGGUACACACGAAACUCGCAUCCUCCUGGAUGUGAAGGCACCUCUUCCUAAUGACCUUAAAGUAAGCUUCAAUUUCUUUCUCGUUAUUUGUCGUCCAAUAGUAAUCGUGCUUUUGCAGCAAUUCAUCAUUGACGAAAUCCUCCCCCAACUUCCGUCAUCGGUCCACCUCGCCCUCCAUCGCGCACUCGACAAAGACCGUCUCCGACGAAUGCCCAAUUCCUUCCUUCCACCAGCAGAACAAGGUGGUCAUCACACAAAGGAAGGUGUCUUCCUCCUUGGCGACGCUUGGAACAUGCGGCAUCCGUUGACCGGUGGUGGCAUGAUGGUGGCAUUCAAUGACGUGGUGAUUUUACGAGAUUUGUUGACGGGAGUUCGGGAUUUAUCGAAUUGGAAAGAGAUGGCGAGGGUUUUGCAUAAGUGGCAUUGGAAGAGAAAAGCAUUGGCGUCGACGGUGAAUAUCUUAAGUCUUGCGUUGUAUGACUUGUUUGGUGCAGAUGAUGAAUAUCUGGAAGUCCUCCGGAUAGGCUGCUUCAAAUACUUUGAACGCGGUGGUGAAUGUAUCAACGGUCCCGUUUCACUUCUUUCUGGAAUCGUUCCUGACCCAAUUCUCCUCUUCCGCCACUUCUUCGCCGUCGCCUUCUACUCCAUCUGGGUAAUGUUCACCCACCCAUACCCUCGUACUAAACGUGGUUCAUCAAAGCCCGUCAUGGUCGUACCCGGGUACGACGACUACCCAUAUCUGGUGUUGAAGAGUAUAUCCGUCGUAAGUCCCUACCUUCUCAAUUAUCGCGAUUUUGUAAUGAUUAACAAAAAUGGUUGGCUUUGUUCGAUGUAGUUCUGGACAGCUUGUAUCGUGUUUGGUCCUUUGAUGUGGACUGAGCUUCGGUGGUGAUGAGCGCGGUGCUUGGCCAUUAUUGUCAACUCGAGAUGAACGAGAGUGUAGACAAGUAUAUUGUAUAAUGUUUGUUCAUAUAAUCGGAUACCUUCUUACUUUGUUUAGAAUAUAUUGCUUGCUAUAGAGGAUUAUUGUUAGAAGUUUGAAGCUUUGGAUGGAGCAGGGAUUCAUUUCACGGACAUGGUCUUGGUGGAUACCCAAAAGUGACGCGUUAUGUACAGCUCUCUGCGUUCAAUGUCAACAGAGUCGGGUUGUGAGGACGUAGUAGUUUCGGUAUGUCCACGGCGUGAUGAGAUGUCCUAUCUGGUCUCCUUGGAGAAUCGGAGCGUGUUUCAUGGCAUCGUUAAGAGGCUGCCAGUACAUCGUCACAGUCGAGAUGUUGUCCAGAAACUGCCGGUGUGUAUCACGACUCCGGGGGUUAGCGUAAAACGCCGCUUGUGAGAGCUCCAAACAAGAUGAUGCGAGGGUCAAAAGACUGCAGCUCAGACUGCAUCGUCCAUCAUAAAAGAGAUAGCGAGGCUCAGUUUUGGUUUGGGUCUUCAGGUCCUGCAGUGAAGUGGAAGCUGAUAAUUGGCGGCUAGAAAGGUAUCUUGAAGUGCACAUAUAGGUCUUGAUGGAGCGGAACAGCAACCACUCUGUACUGAAUGAUGUCUGUCAGAUUGCAAUUACUGUAUGUAGUACGACAGAGCCUCAAGACGACGACAGUGGUGCCGAUCUCUUGCAUCGGAACUCCACCACCCUAUUAGACAUUUCCCGUAGUCCCCUUCGUUUCAUGGAGAGCUUCCAUCUCCCAAUACAGAUAGUACUUAAAUGGGAUGGAACAUCCAAAUUUGGUUGUCUGCACCUGUGAAACUCUGGACUGGGAUCUAGAAGACAUAAUCAAACUCAAUCAAUCAAG